GCGCGGCACCUGCAGUCCCUUCGCGGCGCACCAAGCGGCAGCAUGCUUCCCGUGUGGAUCGCUCUAGUGGUGCUCCCCAUCCUCGGGGGAGCCGAAAGAUUCAACUGUCGUGGCCGCAUACUUGGCGCGUACUACGCAGACGCGAAAGCAGCAUGCAAGGCGUUCCACGUAUGCGUACGAGUGGCAGGCGGCGGCGUGAGAGACUUCAGGUUCUAUUGUCCCCCGGGGACUCUGUUCCACCAGGAGGCCCAGACUUGCACCGACUGGGGUCUUUACGAAGACCCCCUCGCCUGCCCAGCUGAAAUCUACGACGGUCAGUUCGAUCUCUACAAGAUAGGAUCCGGUUAUGAUACGAAGAAGGUGUCGUCUCCUGGCAAUCGUGACGAAGAAUCUGACUUCGGUCUCCAACGUGCCGAGACUGGAGACCGUCGCUUGUCUCAAAACAAUGGAGCAUCUGACUUGAGGGCCGCGCACUCCUCGGACUUCUUCAGCGGGCAGCGCGACCGCGGCCGCGACGACCCGGCGCCCGCUCCUCAGCAGCGUCAACAGCAGCAGCAGCAGCAGCAGCAGCAGCACCAGCAGCAGCAGCAACAGCAGCAGCAGCAGCAGCAGCAACAGCAGCAGCAGCAGCCUCAACAGCAGUCUCCGCAGCAUGCACCCUCUCGACAAUCCUUCAGGAGACCGACGACUCCCAGAGCUGUCCCAACUACGACACAGUACACUAACCCGCCAACUCCUCCACCGGAACAGUCUAACCCACCUUUCUAUGAUAACUCCAAGCGAAAACUUGUACGAAAACGUCCAUUCUACCCCACUUACACGACUACAACAGAGCUAACCACCACAGUAAACACCCAGCCACCUUUUGUGCACCCUGAACAACAGGCAUUCCAAAACUUUAACCGACGUGUUCCACUAAAUAGGCAAGCUGACCCUGUUAACGUUCCUCAGCAAAAUCGACAAACUAUACAACCCGUUAAUGUACCGGCACAGAAUAAUAGACAAACAAUACCACCAGUCAAUGUACCGCCUCAGUUCAAAGAGUACAAAGAGGAGUACGUUGAAGUACCUCGAGUUACUCCAAAACCUAGUAAAUUAAUCCAAACUAAUCCAACCCCAUCUCCAUUUUCGCAAUCCACGCCAGCAGCCAAUUUCAAAAAGAGUCUGGUGGAGCUAUACAAUUAUGACGCACAAUCGACUCCCGGUCUCAACACACCAAAUGAUCGUCCUUUCAAGGUGCAUAACAGUUUUAAUGUUGCAGACAUCCCGAGGGAAAAUUACUUCCGGGCGAAAAACCCUAAAGCAAAUAGCCCAGCGCCCACAACCCUAGACUAUAAUUCUCCCGCACGUGUAACAACAAGCACCCCGGUUUUCAAGAACUACAAUAGCGUAUCAUACGAGCCCGAGAAAAAUAAUUUUAUAAGUUCAAAACAAAACUACUUCACUAAUCCAUCAACUCCACCAUCUACCACUACAUAUACAACUACCAAUCGGCCAGAUCCCUCGUUAAACCUAAACACAGUGGCAUACAACACUAAUAUCGGUUUCGACGCUCAGCAGACAAAUUAUGCAGAUAGCGAUGAAGACGACGGCCAGUACCGCCCACCACAAGGAGAAGACGAUGGUCAAUAUCGCCCUGAGCUAUAUGAACGUGAACGUGAGCUUUUGUCGGGAGCACACUCAUUGAACAUAGCUGCCAGUGGAAAUCGACUUCCAGAAGACCAGAAACCAAAGGGCAAAACUCAGCCACCAUUCAAACCCGUUUCACAAACAGCGGCACCCCGGCCGUUCAGGCCAGCCCCGACCCCAUCGUCUUCUCCAAGGGUUCCUGAAAAAACUUAUCCUACGACGAUCAGACCACAAACGCAAACACCGCCACAAUCACAGCGUACAUUUGAUUAUUACCAGACCUACACGACGACAUCGCGGCCUAGUGAAGCGUCAGCCGCUACGUUUAAUUUAGAUGGUGAAAAUUUCCCUGUAAGGCCAACGACGACCUAUGCCCCGAGGAAUCCUGAGCCUCGACAGCAAACGCGAGCCUCCACAGCGCCGCCCGCGCCGCCCACGCAGCCACCUGCGCCGCUGCGCCCCACUAGCAGUACACGACCUCCGUUCUUUGCGAAUCCCGCCAGUAACAAGGAGAAUGCGAGCUACGAUUACGCAUAUUACGACUCAGACCCAGGUUUCACGGAAUACGAUCAUAUAGGGGAAUUCGGCAAAACUAACAAGAAGACAAUAUAAAAUGCAAGUCUUUAACUUAAUUCACUGCCAUUAAAUUAGUCGCCUCUUUGGAUACGUUAGUUUAAUUUUUGUACAGUUUCAUCUUCUGAUCCGAUUGUGUUAAAUUAUUUAAUAAGAUAAAUUAAAAAAUUAAAUUGUUUUAGAGUUUCAGAAUGUUUCCACCAUUGUAAAUAUUAUCUCAUCACCAUCGCGUUAGACUGAUUACAAAUGCCAGUUCUAUAGUUAUCUAAAGAGGCUCUCCGUAGUUACCCUAAAUUAUUUGUGAUAUUAUUAUUGAUGUUUAUUGGAUUAAGUGGUUACCUUAUUGUAAAACCUUUAUACGUUGCUUAAAAGUUUUGGUUGACCACCGAUUAAAUUGUAAAAGUUAUUUGUUUCAAAUUGAUCAACCAGAACUUUGUCCAUGUAAGGUUAUGAAAAGAAUGUACGAGAAUUUGUACCUAAAUUCAGCUUAACUGCCAAGAGUGGUUUUACGAACAUUUUAGUUAUAUUGCCUAUCUAUGUACAAUAGAAUAAGUUAUGAC